AGCGGCGGCACCUUCAACCGUCAUUGCUGGCCAGAAACAGCUCUCAUUGUCUUCAUUUGCUGCGAGUUCCGAAGACAGCUGGAAGCACGCAGCCUGGUUCUAUAUUUUCUGUCAGACCGUACGACUUGAUUACAGCAACGUUUCACUACAAUCAGCCAGCAGCAGCAGCAGCAUCAUGUCGCAGGCACACGCCAUGUCGGACGACCAGGUCCAGACGGAGCUCCGCAAAAUGACGGCAUUCAUCCGUCAAGAAGCUCUGGAGAAGGCUCGCGAGAUCCACCUCAAGGCAGAUGAGGAAUUCAGCAUUGAGAAGUCGAAGCUGGUCCGGUCCGAGACAUCCCGCAUCGACAGCGAAUACGAGAAGAAGUUCACCCAGGCUGGCAUGAGCCAACAAAUCACCAAAUCCACUCUAGCCAACAAGACCCGACUACGCAUUCUCUCAUCCCGGCAGGAACUUUUGGACAGCUUGUUCGAGGAUGCGAAUAAGAAGCUUGCAGAGACUGCGGGCAAAGAUAAGAAAUACGAGACGGUGCUGAAGAAUCUCAUCUUGGAGGGUCUGUACGCUUUGGUCAAUGAAAAGAAGGUCAUUCUCCGGUGUCGGAAGAAGGACGAUGCAUUGGUCAAGAAGGCCGCUGAAGCAGCUAAGGAGGAAUACAAGAAGAAGCUGAAGGCGGAGGAGCUGGAAAUUGUGAUCGAUGAGAAGGAGAAGGUUCCGGAGGGAUCCGCCGGCGGCGUCAUCAUUCUGAACAGCACUGGCAAAAUUGACAUCAACAACACCUUCGAAGAACGACUAAAACUUCUAGAGACCGAUGCUCUGCCCAGCGUGCGAACGACACUUUUCGGCGAGAACAAGAAUCGGAAAUUCAAGGACUAG